AUGAGAGGAGUUGAGGAUUUGUGGCAUAAGGAGACCCUCACCUCGGCACCCGGUCUCUGCUCUGAUACAAGUGAACGGGACGCUAGGAUUAAGUCGGCAACCGAAUGUCGGGUCCAUGGCUCCUCCUGCGUGGAGCAGUACGGAUCUCACUUCUCUGAGCUUUUCCGGAACACCUGCAGGGGAAGGGCUUCCGCACAGCAGAGGAAGGGAACCAAUGCGGACAGAGCCCAACAAGACGGCUCCAGCCGUCUCGUAAUACGGAAACCCUUCGGUGAGCAAACGGAGCAUCCCCAGCCGGCUCCUGGUCCAGCCCCCAGUGUCAACGUGUCGGUCUGGGAGGUGGCAUCGGAGCCGAGGACCAAGUCCGUCUCGGCGCUGUGCUGUCCCGGCCUCUGCAACCGAAGGCGGCUGGGCGGAGAGGUGCCAUUUCCUGAUAAAGCCGCAGGUCUGAGAGCCAGCCAGAGUUCAGAUUUGGACAUGUUAAAUCGGAGAUGCCUUCUCGUCUUCCAAGUGGUGGUGCUGAUUUCUGGCCAACACCUUCCCAAGAACAAGCAUCCCAAGGAGCCAGGAGAGAACAGAAUCAGACCUGCCAACAAAAAGGUGAAGCCCAAAGUUCCUAAAAUAAAGGACAGGGAUUCGGCGGACUCGACCUCGAGGACACAGUCUAUCAUGCUGCAGGUGAUGGAUAAAGGUCGUCUGCAGAAGCCCGCGGCCACCCUGAGUCUGAUGGCAGGACAGACCGUAGAGCUUCGGUGUAAGGGGAGCAAAAUCGGCUGGAGCUACCCCGCAUACCUGGACACCUUCAAGGACUCCCGCCUUAGUGUGAAGCAGCAGGAGCGCUACGGCCAGUUGACUCUGGUCAACUCCACGUCAGCCGACACCGGCGAGUUCAGCUGUUGGGGGCAGCUGUGCAACGGCUACAUCUGCAGGAGGGACGAGACCAGAACAGGCUCCACCUACAUCUUUUUCACAGAGAAAGGAGAGCUCUUUGUGCCCUCGCCGAGUUACUUCGACGUCGUCUACUUGAACCCGGACAGACAGGCUGUGGUUCCUUGUAGAGUGACCAUGCUGUCGGCCAAAGUCACGCUCCACAGAGAGUUCCCCGCCAAGGAAAUUCCAGCCAACGGAACGGACAUCACCUACGACCUGAAGCGAGGCUUCGUGUACCUGCAGCCUCACUCUGACCACCAGGGGGUGGUCUACUGCAAGGCGGAGGCUGGCGACAAGUCUCAGAUCUCCGUGAAGUACCAGCUGCUCUAUGUGGAGGUUCCCAGCGGGCCUCCCUCCACUACCAUCUCGGCCUCCUCAAACAGAGUGAGAGGUGGGGAAGACGUCCGCGUGCUCUGCACCGUGCUGGGCGAGCCUGAGGUGGAGGUGGAGUUCAGAUGGGUCUUUCCAGGCCAGAAGGGCGAGCGGCCGGUGACCAUCCAGGACACUUGGAGGCUGACCCAGCGAGGGCUCGGACACACCACGAGGCUCUCGCAGAGCGUCCUCACAGUGGAAGACUUCGAGACCACCGACGCGGGCUAUUACCUCUGCACGGCCCAGAAUCUCCGCGGGCAGACCACGGUGGCCACCACGGUGGAGCUGUCCUGAUGCGGAGGCUGAAGUGUAUGAACUGAGGGGCCAUUUGUGUACACAGUCAGCUUCCGGGCGCUCUGUCCCGGGGCUUUGCGGGCAGGCGUGUCUCGUGCCAAACCCCCACCCCUGCGCUGUCAGACCCAGACACCCACGUAAAGGAGGCCACCCAGUCUGUCCGUAGAAGUGGUAACUUUCCUAACAGAAAGCAUGUCUUUUGACUGCUUACCGACAUACAUGUGUUUCUGGUUUUUAUACUAAAGAAGCAUAUAUGUAAACAAUUUUCUAUAAAUAUAAUCAUUUCUAUUAAAUGAGCAAGUUUUUAUAAAAAAUAAAACAUGGGCUGCUUGUUUUUUUUUAGAUUGGCUGAAACUCCAGGGAUUCCUAGGCAGUGAAACUUGGGUCAAUACCUAGUAUCCCUUUUGAUCUAACCAGUACCUUAGAAUUUAAAAAAUAUGGGACCAGCAGUUAGUGUAAUGGCUAUGU